AUGUUCAAGAAGAAGCCACAGAUCAAGAACCUUUCCCCGCUACGGUCCUCCGACCGCCGCAAGCUCGCGGACCAGAUCAUCGCCGAAUACAGUGUCCAUAUACCGACGCUGGAGGAGAUUGACAGCACCGCAGCAGCAACGGCAGCAGAGAGCCAAAGCCAAAGCCAAAGCCAGCCUCCGCCUCCUUCAAAUCCAAACCAACCCACACCUGCUCUAUCCUCUAUCCGCACGAGCCUCGUACCUGAAACAUGCCUGUCCGCCAGAUUCACCACCCACUCCGGCGCCAGUUUGACAUUAGUCUCAGGCACAGUUUACGUCGGUGCACACCCCGGUCAAGAGGAGCGGAUACUAUGGAUCCAAUACGGGAAUGGGAAAGAGUCCAGGCUAUACCCUACAGUUUACACACUGUGGCACAACCCCGGGCUGACGCCACUAUUACACUCCCAAGACUUUGUCGUUGAGAAACUGCGCACCGGCGCUGACUUGAUGACGCCGGGAUUGGUUGGGGGCCCGCCAUGGCCGGAGGGUGCAAAGGUGGGAUCGGUUGUCGCCGUGGCCGGCUUGGAGAGACCAAGUGUGCCCGUGUGGGUGGGGACGUGUAAAAUCGACGUGUCAAGCCUGGGUCGAGUCCAGGGUGCGAAGGGUGCAGCUGUGGAAGGAAUCCACUGGGAGGGCGAUGAGAUUUGGAGCUGGAGCCAGUUCGGGAAUGGCGGUAGAGCAGGGCCCGAGAGUAUAGAAGGCUGGGAUAUGACGCCACAUGCAGGCAUAGAGGCCGGUAUGGAGGGCCUUGACCUCGAAGACAACGAAGAAGAGGACGACGAUGAAGGGCAAAAUGGCGGCGUUGCGCUGGGAGAUGGAGCCGCGAACGGUGAAUCGAAUGCCAACGGUCAUGGUCAUGGUCAUGGUCCAGCAGGCGCUCCGGAAGCCGAGACGGAACAAGAACGAGAGCCAACCACCGCCGAGGUCGACGACGCGUUCAUGCAAGCAUUCCUUUAUGCUCUGUACGAUGCCAAAAAGAACGCCGACCCGCCCCAUCACGGCCUCGACUACCCCAUCCAGCCGUCCUUCCUGAUCUCCAACAUGAUCCAACCACACCUCCGCGUUCAGAACCAGCACUACACCAUCAAGAAGACAUCCUGGAAGAACACGAAGAAAUUCAUCAAACACCUGGAGAAACAGGUCCUCGUCAAAUCCAAAGACCGCAACGGCGGCGAGACCGUCAUCUUGGACAUGGACCUCGACGACGAACGAGUCCGCAUCUUUACGCCCUACAGACUGCCCAAGCCGAAAGUCCAGACAUCAACCUCAACGGGCCCUGGCGCGGAUGCGAACAACCAAACUCCAGCAAGUACGGGUGAUACCUCGCUGGGCCAAAAACUCGCGCUGCAGACCGUGUAUCGCGCGUCCGGCAAGCUCGUACCCGACCUCAUCCCCUCCAAGACGACAUACUAUACUGCGUCGCAGAUCUCGGCCUUCCUCAAGAAAUACAUCGAGAAUAACCCGUCGUUAACUGACAAAAGCUCCUCGCCUCGCUUCGUCAAGCUCGACCCCUUCAUCGCGAACAACGUCCUCGGUUCGAACCCUUCUGCCGCGGAUACCCGUGUGCUUGCCGCCGGCGAGAUCUCUCGCGACGCCCUCGUGAAACGGAUCCUCGAGGACUCUCAUCUGGCGAUCCCGCACUGGCUGCUGCUCCGCAACGAGCAGACGUACGACCCGGACUCGCCCGACUCGUCUCUGAAACCCAAAUCUGGACCAGCUCCGCAAGUCAGUAUCGUGCUCGAGAAGCGGUCGGGCACAAAAGUGGUCACGAAAAUCUCGGGUCUCGAAGUAUUCGGGAUUAAUCCGCAGGUACUGGCACCGGAGUUGCAGAAGAAAUGCGCGGGCAGCGCGAGUGUCGGGCAGCAUGUGGGUGGCAAGCCUGGGAUGAUGGAGAUUUUGGUGCAAGGUGAUCAGAGAGACGUUGUGGAGAAGGAAUUGAGCAGGAGAGGAAUAGACAAACGAUGGAUCACCGUGGACGAUAAGACCAAAAAGAAGAAGAAAUGA